AUGAGAUGCAGCAGUGGCCUGUUUGGCGGGUGUGAUAAGAGACAAUAUCGUGGUCGUGAUUGUAGUGGUGAUGGUGAUGGUGACGGUGACGGUGAUGGUGAUGGUGAUGGUGAUGGUGAUGGUGAUGGUGAUGGUGAUGAUGAUGGUGGUGGUGGUGAUGGUGAUGAUGGUGGUGGUGGUGGCAGUAUUGUGAAGAGAACCUGUCAAGCUCUUCGAAUUGCUUCAAGCGAUGGAUAUGUUCCUAAGUUCUGGUUUAGGGCGCAAAGCCUCCCAACCCCAUCACACACCCCCGGUGCGGGCCAACCAGAACGCCAAAAAUCAGCAGGUUAG